AUGCCUAAACAGGCGAUCCCGGCCAGCACGACGCGGCCUCGUCCUCGUCGGCGAAAGCCAAUCCUCAGGGUCAAGACGGGAUGUUUCACUUGUCGAAACCGCAAGAAAAAGUGCGACGAAACACGGCCAGUCUGUGCCGGAUGUCUUCGCAACAAGGUAGCCUGUCGAUGGCCCGAUUCUCAUCCCCAUUCCCCGCCAAGUACAGAACACGGCAGUGGGGAGAAGGCACUUGACCUGAGACCAUCGGCUCCAAGCCCAGACGGCCAUGGACGACGAACCCCCGAGACUUUGACCAGCCCGGCAGACUUGGAUUUUGAUGUGGGAAUUGGAGAGACGCUGGAGGAGACUAUAACGGUUGACAUUGGUCCAUCGUCAAAUGUGUUGGAGCACGAAACUUCGCCGCCGGAGUCUUCUCCUGUCGCCACCACACAGGCACCCGCCGCAUCUGAACAGUUCGACCAAGUCAUCAAUUGCCUUCAGGAUGCAGCGCAAGAGACAGUGUCGAUUGACGCAGAUGGAGUAGUCGAGGGCGUUGGAGACGCCGUCAGCGAUGCACUCAUCAGGCUAUCCUGGGGCCAUUUUGACCAAGACCCUUUGAGCCUCGGGCACGCCUCUGUUCCGCCGGCUCCAUCCAUCAUGCCAGGCCUAGACGCUCAGUCGUUCGAGCUUAUGAGCCAUUACCUAGCCCGCACAGCCAUAAGCAUGGGUAACGGGUCAACGACGGCAAACCCAUUCGUCGUGCAGCUCAUACCGCUGUCUUUCGCCAAUCCCGUCGUCCUCGAGCUUAUGCUAUCCCAGAGCGCUUCUCAUCGUGCCGUCUUGGAAGGGGCGGGCUGGGCAGAUGCGGUAGCCCAGAACUACUACACCAAAUCCAUUCGUCUGUUUCGCAAUGCCGUCGCCGAUUAUCUGGCUGGCACUGAGGCGAGUCCGCUGUGGGUGACAAUUGGUGCACUCAUCAUGUGUUUCACCGAGACAGCGAAAGGUGAUACCAAUGGCGUCAUCUUUGACCAUCUCCAAGCAGUCGGUCCUCUUGUCAAAGACCUGGUCUCGAGGCAUCGACAUCUCCUUCCGGAUGGGUUACGCCCCUUCGUCAUAGAGUACUACGUCUACACGGCAAUCAUCAGCAUGAUAUCCAUGGACCCAUCGGCAAGCACGGGGCAUCUCCUCGCCCCAGAGCUAGAGUAUGAAGCACACUCUCUGGUCGAGAGUGGCUAUGUUGGUCAGCUCUGCGGCUCGUGGCUCCCGUUACUCCUCCUUAUCCCUCGCAUCUUUGACUUUGGCCGUCGAAGAGUUGCGGUGCGCGCCCAGCCUCCCUUCCCGACAGCAGACGACUUCCUCAAUUUUUCCAACCUACAGGCAGAGAUCACCUCGUUCACGCCGUCGCCACUGGUAGAGUCCGAAGUCGCUACUUGCGGCUACAUCUUCCAACAGGCAGUGCAUUUGUACCUUCUCACGGCCUUUGGGGUCGGUGACGCAGGGCAGGUCACUCAGCAGCUAAGGGUGGAAAACGCGUUGGUGAACGCCUUCCUCUACCUCGAGCAGCUCCCGUCAUCAGCACGCAUCAAUACCAGCAUGUGCUGGGCCUUGGCUGUUAUCGGAUCUUGCACAGCUGAUGACGAGCGGCGAGACGUGCUUCGGCAACGCCUGAAUACCAUGUUUGUCACGAUUGGUCUGGGAAACAUUUCUUCAACACUGUCACUUCUGGAACACAUCUGGGCACGGCCACGAGAGGAACAGAGUCCAUGGAUCAUUUGCCGGAUUAUGUAUGAAUACGAUAUGUGGAUCUCGCUUGCCUGA